AUGUCAUUAUAUAAACUGAUUACUCCAAGAGCUCUACAAGAAUUGAUUCAAAAAGAGACCGCUCGCCGUGUUAUACCCGUGGAUUCUACUUGGUAUCUCCCUAAUGCUAACAAAGAUGCCAAAGAGGAAUUUCUGGAAGUCGAACGGAUUCCUAAGGCGACAUAUUUUGACAUUGACGCUGUCAAAGAUGUGAGUUCUCCUUAUCCACACAUGCUACCAUCAUUGUCGAUGUUUAACAAAAGUAUGAGCGACCUAGGUCUUCUGCAAAGUGAUGUUUUGGUCGUUUAUGACCGGAACGGGAUUUUUAGUGGACCACGUUGUGCUUGGACUUUCAAACUAUUUGGUCACAAAUAUGUGUUCCUUCUUAACGAUUUCAAGGCCUAUAAAUCCAUGGGAUUUCCUUUGGAGAAUUCUCCUAGAACCACGCUAUCCGACUUACCACCUACGAACUACAAUUCUACAACCGACUUGACCAAGGAAGAAACUGUUUCCUUCGAUGACAUGCUAAGUCUUGUCCAGUCUGGCGAAUUGAGCAAGAAAUACAACGUUUUCGAUGCGAGAAGCACAGGCCGUUUUACCGGCCAAGCUCCAGAGCCCAGACCUGGUCUUCCCUCCGGUCAUAUUCCAGGUAGUCAAUCACUUCCUUUCACGGAGGUCUUGACUGAUGGUUCUUAUGAUGAAAACGCUGCAAAGAUAAAAGAGCAUCUAGACGCUUACAUUGAAAAAGCUCAACUAAAACUGGACCCGUCCAAUCCCACAAUUGCUCUCUGCGGAACUGGUGUGUCUGGUGUUAUUAUCAAGUCUGCUCUUGAGCAAGCUGGUGUACCCAAUGUUAAACUCUACGAUGGAAGCUGGACAGAAUGGGCCAUGCGAGUUGAUCCAUCUCUUAUUGCCAAAGGCUCAAAUUGA